UUUGGUGUUCAGCUUGGUCGCGUUAUCUUGAUAGUUUUUUGAAACAGAGCAAAGAGCAAAUAGAGACGAACGAACGUGUUGGUGGAGUUAAUUUGAUUGGCGUGUUAAAAUAAUUAUUUUAUAAUAAUUCGUCACGUUUUUUUUCGGUCGGGGUCGAGUCUAGUGGAAUGACGGAUCUCAGUACCAUGGAGACUGACGAUGAUCCGGUAAUCAAAGAGAUUCCGGUAUUUCUCGCAAAGAAUCUUGCAGACAAAUUAUAUGUCUUUCAAUAUCCAAUACGUCCUGCGGAAGCAGGUUAUGACAAUGCUAAAUUCAUCAAAACCAUGUUGAAACCAAAGAAUCAGGAAGCUCUCAUCGAAGUGGAGAUAGACUCUCGAAGUGCGACUUACGAUCAGAGCAAAGGAGCUCAAAUCGCUGCCAAUGCUGAUGGAGUUAUAAGCAAAUCAUGCCAAGAAAAUGAGGAAAGAACUUUUGAAAGCUCCAUGAUGGAUAAAACUAUUUUACAAUCCUCGAGAGCAUUGCCGGAUUGUUCCAAUUAUUCGGUAGGCGUUUAUCAAGACGGUGAACUUCACAUAACGCCUCUCAAGAGUAUUUUGCAGAUGCGUCCGCAAUUUAACUAUUUUGACAAAGGAGGAAAGGGAGGAAAAGAUGAAACCAAGAAUCUUGGUGAAGAUGGCGAAGAAGAGGAAGAGGCAGUGAAACAAGUGAAUGUUACAUUUGCUCGACAAAAGUCAGACUUUUUUACAAAAAUGCGUGAACAAUCGUUCCAAGAACAGUCGAAAAAAAGUCUUGAAGAAUCGUGGAUAGAAACACAAUACCGCGAGACCAACAGUUCGCAGGCUGAGCUGAUGAGGCUGGAUAUGUAUUGCUCGUCGACUGACGAAUCCGUUAACACGUUAAAAUUGACGCGUAACGAGUAUCUGAAAAUGUUAGCACCACCAAUGAAAACGGAACAAUAUGCGGUUGCGAGUGCAUCGAAUCAUGGAACGUCGCUCGUUUAUAUAAGAACGUUGCCACUCCUCGAUCAAAUACGAAUUCUCAUGAAAGAUGCUAAAAUAUUAUCUUUUACGCAACUGCGAUCGAUUUUAUCGACGGACCACGAGGCAAUUGCAAUUAUUAAAUAUUUGCAACAAGUUGCAGUUUUGGUUCAAGGUAACUGGGUCGUAAAUAGCGAACUGAUAUAUCCUAAGGAUACGAUAUCGUCUCACAGUGGUAUAGCCGCUGAAUUGAUGUGCAGAGCACGCGAUUAUGUCUUGUUAUGUUUCACCGAGCACGAGUAUGUGGACCGUAAAGCUGUCUCGUCGAUGAUAAAACUACCUUCUGAGGAGAUUAAAGAGAUAUUUGUAAAUUUGGCUCGUCAUCAUGCAAAACGCGGUUGGAAACUAAUAGCCCCGAGUAACAAAGAUUUUACGGAGAGGUACCCGGAAAUAGCCCAGCGGCAAGAGAUGUUUUGGGAGGCAAAGAAGAAGCAUUUGAGAGAAGUUAUGGAGACGCAAAAUCAGCCGCCCCAACGGCAGAGACGAAAAUCGAACCGUGAAUCCGUGGGUUCGGAAAAUGAGGAACGCAACGUCGGUAGGGGGCGAAAGACUCUGAGGGAUUCUUCCGUCUCGGACGACAGUGCCAAUGACAGCGUCAAAACAAAAAAGACUAAUCGCGCAAGAAAAGUUUCGGAAAAUACGUGACCCGAACAAUACGUUGUUAUUGUCCAUGCAAUUCGAGGAUCGUGAAGGAAAGCAAUCUCUGGCUCCAGGCAUACUCCAACAACUCCUCGAGGCUGAAAUUUCGGAUAUCGGUGACCGAAGUGAUGAGUAUGAACUUGGGGCUGUAGUGGAAUGAGGCCAUAUUUGCUACGACAUCGAUGAAUCGUUUUGCCAUUGAGAGCGUUGAGGUGUCGAGGGACUCGACAAUGAGAAGAAAAAGUGUCGCCGUAGUGUCGAACGGAAAGCGAGGAUCAAUGAUAUCCUUCGCUCGCGAUUUACCAGGAAUUUGAAAGUCUUUUCCAUAAUUUAUCCUUACUGUAGGCAAAUGAUACAUCAGUUUGAUUAUCAAGUCUUCGACGAUUGGAUCUUGUAAAUGUUCGUUCUCAUCGAGUCUCGUCAGUAAUCUCACUUGCCGAAACUUUGAUUUUUCCACUAUUCUUUUCGCCAGAUUAUCCAACCAGUUUGUCCUUUCGGGCGCAUUUUUAGCGAUCCCAAAACAUAAAAAAAUCCAAGCACAAAGUAUUUUUAUCAUGUACAUUUUCGGUGAGAAGCAGGCGAUAAAUUCUGACAAUUUUUACGUUA